CGGGCAGUCGGGCCGCGUGGAGGAGAAGGCGGCAACAUGGGGCAGUCGGGGCGGUCCCGACACCAGAAACGCGCGCGAGCCCAGGCGCAGCUCCGCAACCUCGAGGCCUACGCGGCACAGCCGCAUUCGUUCGUGUUCGCGCGCGGUCGCGCGGGCCGCAGCGUGCGGCAGCUCAGCCUGGACCUGCGGCGGGUCAUGGAGCCCCUCACCGCCACCCGCCUGCAGGUCCGGAAGAAGAACUCGCUGAAGGACUGUGUGGCCGUGGCUGGGCCCCUGGGCGUCACACACUUUCUGAUCUUGAGCCGGACCGACACCAACAUCUACUUCAAACUGAUGCGCCUCCCAGGAGGACCCACGCUGACCUUCCGGGUACUCAAGUACACACUAGUGCGGGACGUAGUGUCCUCCCUGCGCCGCCACCGGAUGCAUGAGCAGCAGUUUGCCCACGCGCCCCUCCUGGUACUCAACAGCUUCGGCCCCCACGGCAUGCAUGUGAAGCUCAUGGCCACCAUGUUCCAGAACCUCUUUCCUUCCAUCAACGUCCACCAGGUGAACCUCAACACCAUCAAGCGCUGCCUUCUGCUCAGCUACAAUCCUGACUCCCAAGAGCUUGAGUUCCGACACUACAGCAUCAAAGUGGUCCCAGUAGGCGCCAGUCGCGGCAUGAAGAAGCUUCUCCAGGAGAAAUUCCCCAACAUGAGCCGCCUACAGGACAUCAGUGAGCUCCUGGCCACGGGCGCCGGGUUGUCUGAGAGCGAGGCCGAGCCAGAUGGUGAGCACAACAUCACAGAGCUGCCCCAGGCUGUUGCGGGACGAGGCAACAUGCGGGCACAGCAGAGUGCUGUGCGGCUGACAGAGAUCGGGCCCCGUAUGACGCUGCAGUUGGUCAAGAUCCAGGAGGGCAUCGGGGAGGGAAAUGUGCUGUUCCACAGUUUCGUACACAAGACAGAGGAGGAGCUUCAGGCCAUGCUGGCGGCCAAGGAGGAGAAACUGCAUCUCCGUGCCCAGCGGCGGGAACAACAGGCCCAGAAUGUGCAGCGGAAGCGGGAGCAGCGGGAGGCGCACAAGAAGAAGAGCAUGAUGGGCAUGAAGCGGGCCCGGGCCGAUGGGGACAGUGACGCUGAGGAUCCUGGGGCUCCUCCUGAUAAGCAGGGGAGUGGCCGGCAGGAGGACGAAGAAGAGGAGGAUGAGGCCGAGUAUUUCCGCCAGGCCGUGGGCGCAGAGCCUGAUGAGGACAUGUUCCCCACUGCUAAGCGGAGGCGGACGGACAGAAUGGGGCCUCCUGGCAAGAGGCGGGCAAGAUGGGACCUCAGGCGGGGGGCCUCAUCUAUGAUCCUGUCCAACACAGAGGCGUCCUGCCCACCCCCCAUCUUGGACUUUGUGGACAACUUCCUCAGCAACAUCCAAGAGCAGUUCCUGUGUCCCAUGCUGGUGACCGUGUUCCUACUGGCUGUAGCCGGCAAUGGCCUAGCCCUGUAUCGUUUUGCCACUCGAGAGUCAAGGCCCUGGCACCCAGGUGUGGUCUUCUCGGCACAAUUGGCCGCCAGCGACCUGCUCUACGCGUUGACGCUGCUGCCACUGGCCGCCUACUUCUACCCACCCAAACACUGGAGCUACGGGGCGGCCCUCUGCCACCUGGAGCGCUUCCUCUUCACCGCCAACCUGCAGGGCAGCACCAUCUUCCUGGCCUGCAUCAGCCUCAACCGCUACGUGGGGGUAGUGCACCCCUUCUUCAUGCGCAGCUGGGUGCGGCCCAAGCACGCCUGGGCAGUGAGCGCAGCGGGCUGGGCGCUGGCGGCUGUGCUGGCGGUGCCCACUCUGCAUUUCACCCAGCUCCAGGAGGGCCAGGCUGGCCGCAACUGCUCCAGGGACGAGUCAGCUGGCUGCACCCGGUGCCUGAGCACUGUGGCCCAUGGGAACCUGGAGGCCUACUGGGCCUACAGCCUGGCGCUGGCUGUGCUGGGCUGCGGGCUGCCUCUGCUGGCCACGCUGGCGGCCUACACAGCGCUGGUGAGGGCACUGUGGCAGAGCCCCAGCAUCACGGCAGCUGAGAAGCGGCGGGUAGUGGCACUGGUGGCCAGCGGCCUGCUGCUCUACGCCGUCUCCUAUGUGCCCUAUUAUGCCGCCUGGCUGUCCAACCUGUGGUUCCGGCGCCGCUGGAACCAACGCUGCCCGCACUUUGCUACCAAGGAAGAGGCGAAGGAGGUACUGAAUCUGGGUGCCUAUGGGGCCUACCAAGUGGCGCGGGGCCUGGUGCCAUUAGCCAUGUGUGUCCACCCGCUGAUCUACAUGGCUGUGGCGUCCAGCCUGGGCUGCUGCCAGCCGCGCCUGCCAGGCAGCGAGGAGCAGGACAAGGGCAGAGGACAGGCCCGGCCUCUCCAUGUCAUGGCCGCCCACCAGGGCUUAAGGACCUCUGAGCCGUGCCCACCAAGUAGCCCGUCCUAA